AUGUCGGGCUUAAAAAAGAGAAGCUCGAACUCCUCGGCGGACAGGGAAGAGGACAGGCAGGUUACGGAGAGGAUGCUUUCCCCUGUAAACGGCGGGGAGAAGGGGGACACCAACCAGGAUGGAGCACUGGGAAACGAUGCUAACACCGCCGGAGGAGGAGGAGGGGACGGGGUCGUCCUAAAAAGAACCAUCACCCUACUGAACGGCGUGGCGAUCAUCGUCGGCACCAUCAUCGGUUCGGGCAUCUUCGUCACCCCGACCGGCGUGGUGAGGGAGGCCGGUUCGGUGGGUCUGUCUCUGAUUGUGUGGGCGGUAUGCGGGGUCUUCUCCACGGUGGGAGCCCUUUGCUACGCAGAACUGGGGACCACCAUCAGCAAGUCUGGAGGGGACUACGCUUACAUCCUGGAGGUGUACGGCUCGCUACCGGCUUUCCUCAAGCUCUGGAUCGAGUUGCUCAUCAUCCGGCCGUCCUCGCAGUACAUCGUCGCCUACGUUUUCGCCACCUACCUCCUCAAACCCUUAUUCCCGGUGUGUCCGGUGCCGGAGAACGGGGCGAAGCUGGUGGCCUGCCUCUGCAUCCUCUUGUUGACCUUCGUGAACUGCUACAGUGUGAAGGCAGCCACCAGAGUCCAGGACUUCUUUGCCGCGGCCAAGCUCCUGGCACUCGGACUGAUCAUCAUCAUCGGCUUCGUCAGGAUUGGCCUAGGCGACAUAGAGUAUCUUCUUCCAGAGAAUUCCUUCAAGGGGACCAACACUGAGUUCGGCAACAUCGGCCUGGCACUCUACAGUGGUCUGUUCGCUUAUGGCGGCUGGAACUACUUGAACUUUGUCACCGAGGAGAUGAUCGAGCCUUACAAAAACCUUCCUCGCGCCAUCAUCAUCUCUCUGCCCAUCGUGACCGUAGUGUACGUUCUCACCAACCUGGCGUACUUCACCACCCUCAGCCCUCAACAGAUGCUCGACUCGGAGGCGGUGGCUGUGGAUUUUGGUAACUAUUACCUGGGUCCAAUGGCGUGGAUCAUCCCCGUGUUUGUAGGUCUGUCCUGCUUUGGAUCAGUCAACGGUUCUCUGUUCACAUCAUCCAGGUUAUUCUUUGUGGGUUCGAGGGAAGGUCACCUGCCCAGUUUGCUGUCAAUGAUCCACCCCACACUGCUGACCCCACUCCCCUCACUCAUAUUCACUUGUGUGAUGACGCUGCUCUACGCCUUCUCCAACGACAUCUUCUCCGUCAUCAACUUCUUCAGCUUCUUCAACUGGCUCUGCAUCGCCUUAGCAAUCAUCGGGAUGAUGUGGCUACGUUAUAAGAAGCCCGAGCUGGAGCGACCAAUCAAGGUGAACAUUCUGCUGCCGUUGAGUUUCGUGCUCGCCUGCCUCUUCCUCAUCAUCGUCUCCAUCUGGAAGACCCCGAAGGAGUGCGCCAUCGGCUUCGGCAUCAUCGCCACCGGAGUGCCCUUUUACAUGAUCGGCGUGAUAUGGCAGAACAAACCCAAGUGGAUGCUGAACGGAAUCUUCUCGACCACGGCCUUCUGCCAGAAGAUGAUGGAGGUGGUGCCUUAGGAGUCCUCAACACAUUUCCUGCAGCCAGCGGCCAAUAAGAUUGCACCAACAGUGACCUCUGAGCUCUUACAUCACAGCUGAUGAAAUAUGACGUCUGUUGACCCCUUUCAGCUUAUUCUCUCUCUUUCUCACACACACUCACACAC